AUGACGUCCUCAUCAGGAUAUACAGUCAUUCAGCGGUUCCGAUGGCCAGAGAUCCGUCUACACGUCUGGCUGCUCGUCAACCUUGCCUCAUCUACUACCUGCCUGGGCAUAUUCAGCUGGUUUCUCUUCGUCCAGACACAGCUAUCCGUCUCGACGCCAUGGGUAUUCCCGUUCAUGGUCGCUACCGCCGGACUAGGCCUGCUAUUCGUCUUCUUCAUGCUCUUCCUCAUACAGCGAGGCAUGCUGCUGCCCGAUAUCAUAAUACUGGGAUGUUUCGUGCUCUUCGUGCUCUGGCUGACGGGUCUCAUCGGCACCUCCAUCGAGCUCUACGGCACGGCUGCAAACGUCAACUCAAACUGCCAGAGUUACGUCGUCAAUAUGCCCUCCAAGGGUCCCAGCAUCAACACCCUCGCAUGGCUGACACAGAUAACCAUAUGUAAUUGCUGGAAAACGGCAUUCGCAUUCGAACUCGUCAGCACCGUCUUCUACAUCUGGAUGUUGAUCAUUUCCUUCCAGGUCCGCAGAGGGUUCUUCCUGAAAUAA